AUGGACCAAAUAUUACAGGGAAUUCCCGGAGUAGAAUGUUACCUUGAUGACAUUUUAAUAUCUGCACCAUCUGAGUCAGAACAUUGGGUUAGAUUAAACCAAGUAUUUCAACGGUUAGAGAAAUAUGGUGUGAGAGUUAAAAAACAGAAGUGUGAAAUUGGUAAACCAUCAGUAGUCUAUUUGGGUCACAAAAUAGAUGGAAAUGGUAUACACCCUACUUCAGACAAGGUAGAAGCGAUUGCACAAGCAUCCAGUCCCACAAACAUUACCGAAUUGCGCUCCUAUUUAGGCUUACUAAAUUACUACGGGAAAUUUUUUCCAAAUGUAUCUACGGUUAUAAAUCCGUUAAAUGCGCUAUUGCGCAAACAGACACCUUGGUGCUGGGAUAAGGGUUGCGAGGUUGCAUUCCAAAAUAGUAAAAAAUUAAUACUAGAUAACUCAUUGCUAGUACAUUAUGAUGUAAACAGGGAAUUGAGGUUAGCGUGCGAUGCUUCUCCGUACGGUGUGGGUGCGGUUAUCUCGCACAUAAUGCCAAAUGGUAAGGAACGCCCCAUUGCUUUUGCGUCGCGGACACUAUCUAACAGUGAACAAAACUAUGCGCAAAUUGAACGCGAGGCACUAUCCAUAGUGUAUGGUGUCAGAAAAUUCCAUAAAUACUUAUAUGGGAGACGUUUUGUUUUGAUCACCGAUCAUAAGCCACUUACUGCUAUAUUAAACCCUGAAUCCCCUGUGCCCACUUUGGCUGCAGCAAGAAUGCAGCGUUGGGCGUUACUAUUGUCAGCGUACAAAUAUGACAUCGUCUAUAGGAAAUCUAAUGAUCACUGUAAUGCAGAUAUGUUAUCUAGGUUACCAACCAAAGAUUCUAGAGAUGAACAUGUAGAAGUAAAUUAUUUCUCAUAUGUUGAUGACUUACCUAUAACGGCAAAUGAUAUUGGUAAAGCAACAAUCAAAGAUCCUUUAUUAGCUAAGGUGUAUGAUUACGUUUUGAAUGGUUGGCCAAACCAUGUUAAGGAUAAAGAGAUACAGCCUUUCUUCAUACGCAGAAAUGAAUUGUCAGUUGACAAGAGGUGUAUUUUGUGGGAAUUACGAGUAGUAAUACCUGGCAAAUUUAGGUCAACAUUAUUAAAUGACUUACAUGAACAGCACCUGGGCAUAUGUAGAAUGAAAGGGUUAGCUCGAAGCUACUUAUGGUGGCCAGGGUUAGACCAAGGGGCUUCCCCCAUAGUAGUUGUACCGAAGGGUGAUGGUAAAGUACGGUUGUGUGGGGAUUAUAAGGUUACGUUUAUCUCUAGUGACUUUGCCGAGUUUAUGAAUAGAAAUGGUAUAAUACAUAAACGUGUAGCGCCAUAUCAUCCUGCUUCCAACGGGGCAGCGGAACGUACCGUUCAAAUUGUGAAGGCGGCGCUAAUUAAGCAAUUACUUGAUCCUAAUCCACGUAAACGAAACUUGUCAUUACACCACAAGUUAGCAAACUUCCUUAUUACUUACCGUAAUAGUCCUCAUACCACGACGGGUAGAACACCCGCAGAGUUAUUUCUAAAGAGACAACCUAGAACUAGGUUCUCAUUACUGAAGCCUAAUCUGGCUCAAGAAAUUGAUAGGAAGCAAGCUAAACAAACUGAGUAUCAUGACAAGGGUCGUGUACAAGAACGGAUAUUGCAUGUAGAUGAUAGAGUUAGAGUCAAGAGUAAUGUAGGUGGACUAGUUAAAUGGUUGCCUGGUAAGGUAACCAAGGUUUGUGGUUCUCGUACCUAUUUGGUAUACAUGUAUAACAAUUGUAAGAUUCGAUUUGUACACAUAGACCACAUAUUGAGUUCCAAAGAGAAGGGGGUACCAUGUAAGUCUGCAGACAAUCCCUCAGUAGACGUACAAGUCCCACUGAUUAGUCCAGAAGGACUUCCGAUAGAGGUUCUGGAUGGUCCAGAAAAAUCCGAAAAUGGGAAAGGGACUCCGGGUCAGAAGGACCAGGUUCCACUAAGUGUGGGUCCACAAAUUGCUGAUAUUCAGCCAAGCCCUCUGGUACCUAGUGCAGGUAUUGCUCAGGAGAGGCGCUAUCCUGUAAGAGUCCGUAAGGCUCCAGAUAGACUAAAUUUGUAA